CCAUUUUGAACGGCAACCAUCGUCCGUUGUCCGACGUCGUGCGUAGUUCUACCGAUCGUAACUGCUAAUUUGACCCUUCUUACUUAACUGUGAUGUGUUAAUUUCGCGUAAAUGGACGUUUCUAACGCAAGCCGAGCGUCGUUCGUAUCACUUCUGUCGGAUUGGGCCGUACUUUGAGCUGAAGAUGGUCGGGUCUUUGUAGUCGAUUGCCCGACCCGUGAAAAAAAAAAAGUAAAACAAAAAAAACUGGCGUCUCUCGUUUGAUUGGAAUUUUUUCUUUGUUUGAGCACUGCGGCGCGGAGAUGCUCAUGGGGGACCAGCGGUGAUUAACGUCUUUGUUCACAUUCCAACGCCCUCCUUUUCGCUUUCGCUAUGUUGCCUUUUUUUCUAGUCUGAGGUCACCGAACCAGCAACAAUUUAGACCAAUUUUAUACCUUUUUGUUCUUUCAUCUGUCUACGGUGGGCCGGUAUUCGAUGUCUACAGCUUAAUGCUAGCGAGAUUUGAGAAAUAUUGCUUUAUAACCUGGGUUAGGGGCAUCAUUCACGUAACCAACGUCUCCGGCGUGCUGCUUUUGACGCGAGCGACCAACGCCGUACCGUGUGAUGCGCGUCAGUGGAGAAAUUGAAAAAUGAAAAAUAGACAAAAAGCAAAAAAGAUCGUGACAGAAAAACGCCGGCGCGUACUGCGUGGAAAGUCGCUUCUACUGAUGUGCGCCGACGGAGCAUCGAGAAAAACUGCGGAGAGCGUGCGACACCACGCCGACCACGCAUCAUGAUUUUGAUAGCCUGGGUGUCGAAAAGAUUGAAAGGGACCCUCCGUGGAGCAAGCUUCGACGUUUUCGAUCGGACUGCUGGGUCGACGUUGCAGGCGGAGACUGCGGGGUGUUCGAGCUUGACAGCCUGGGAAGAGAAACCGUCCUUAAGGCCCAACAGCACCUCGUUGCGACGCUAGGAGGAGAAGCCGGGGCCGCCCCCCUGGGAGUCCCCAUGGAGUGAAGCGGUUGCUCGCGGGGGAGUCGAGAGUCCAGCCACGGGAUGAUGGAAGCGGCGACCCACUUCGUGGAGGUGGUGCCCGAGGACAUGCAGAGCCUCGGCACGGAGGAGGAGAUGCUUCCGCCGGUGUCCGCCUCCGUGGUGUCCUCCUCCUCCAUCAUCAACAUGAACACCCUCAUCUACUCGCAGGGCCCUGACGGGAUCAUCAUGGAAGGCGACGAGAUUGGUCCCGACAUUGUGGGCGAAAUUGUGACUGACGACAGCCCGGACAUGCACAAACUCCCGACCAACCAGGUUAUCCACAUGGACCUGGCCAGAGAGAAGCACCAGGAAACCAUGAGUGGCCUGGAAGGCCUGGACUCGCCGGGGCAGAGCCUACUGACCAUCAAGUCCCACCACCACCACCAUCACCACCAUCACCAGCAGCACUCGCCCGUGAGCCAGAUGAUCCUCCAGGAGGGGGAGGCCAACGGCGAGAUAAUCCUGGUGCCCAACUCUAUGAUCAAGCAAGAGGACAUCAUCGAGGGAGGGGAGGUGGUGGUGGGGCCCUCCACCGACAUGACCGUGGAAGAGACCGCGCACUUCUUCGACCAGGGGCCCGCGGGGCUGGUCUGCGAAGAAGACGACGACGAAGCCUGCCUGGGAGCCGACGGAUCGGCCCCUAUGGCGCUGGCACCGGAAGAGCUCGGCUACGAGUGCCAGGACUGCGGGGCCGUGCUGCGGAGUCGGGCCGCCUUCAAGAAACACGCGCGCAUGCACCACGGGGCCUCUCGCAGCAAGGGCACGAGUUCGGCGGGGGCCGCCCGGAGCGCAGGAUACUGCUCCGAGGACGGCUCGUUGUGCCCGCUCUACUCGUGCCCGUCGUGCCCGUACAUGUCCCAGCGGCGGGACAAGCUGGACAAGCACAUUAUGAAGCACGUGCUGCAGGAGGGCUUUCACCCGUGCGGCAAGAAGCGACACAAGCCGGAGGCGCCCCCCCAACGCCACCGUCACAACGCGGAGGAGUACCGCUGCCCGUUCUGCCCGUACACGUGCACCGUGUACAAGGCGUACAAGAAGCACCAGAAGGCCCACGUGCUGGGCGCGGCCAAGCUGGCCCCGGUCAAGCUCAGCUGCAAGAUCUGCGGCAAGGACCGCUGGACCGAGGCGGACAUGCAGAAGCACAUGAAGAAGCACCGCAGCGGGGAGAACUUUGUGUGCGACGUGUGCGGCUUUGCGAGCAUCCAGCUCAAGAAGAUCAUCCAGCACCGCCGCAUGCACACGGGCGAGAAGCCCCACCUGUGCCCGCACUGCAGCUACCGCUCGGCGCGCAGGGACAACCUGCGCUCGCACGUGCGCCGCAUGCACAAGAAGGAGAACAUGUACAUCGACACGUUUAAUCCCAACGAGGAGAUUGUGUUUGAGUGAGGGGAGUCACUGCUGGGCGGCGCCACGCGGGGGCAGUUCGAGGAGGCCCGCGGUGCGGAGAGCCUCGACGCCUCCGUGCAGGAGGCAGACCCGCGACUGGUUGAGCCGCACCAGCUGGUUGGCAGUCUGCACGACCAGAAAGGGAUUUUGUGGUUGGUGAGACGUCGGUUCUGUGUAGCUAACAUUAAAGGCUGGCCCCACAAAA